AAGCUUUCACAGCAAACAUUUCCUUGACUUACAAUUAGUAAUCAAUACAUAUUGAAAUGGAUCGUUGGUUGAAUCGUGUUGCUGUUGUCACUGGGGCCAGUUCCGGUAUUGGUGCAGCCUGUUGCAAGGAUCUGGUGGCCAAGGGAAUGGUUGUCGUAGCUCUAGCACGACGUGAGGAGAAACUUAAUGACCUAAAGGCCUCUCUGCCAGCUGAUCAGGCUAAGCGUUUCCACGCCCACAAAUGUGACGUCAGCGAUGAGAAGCAAGUGAUUGAGACCUUUGCAUGGAUUGAUAAAAGUGUUGGUGGUGCUGAUGUUCUAAUAAAUAAUGCCGGCAUUGUCCGAAUGAAUGAUGUGACCAAUGCAGGCAACUCAGACGAUCUUCGUGCUGUUUUGGAAACCAAUGUGCUAGGUGUAGCUUGGUGCACCCGUGAGGCAUUCCUCUCGCUCCAACGCCGUAAGGUGAAUGACGGGCAUGUCGUCAUCAUCAACAGUGUGGCUGGACACAAAGUACCCAUAGUGCCUGGAUUUAGCCUUAACAUAUAUUCACCAUCCAAACACGCCAUUACUGCCUUGACCGAAGUCCUGCGUCAGGAGUUCCAAAAUAAAGGAACUCAGACAAAAAUCACAAGCGUUAGUCCCGGAGGAGUUGAUACAGAGAUAAUUGAUGAAAAACUAAAGGAACUCAAUCCCGAUUUUCCUUUGCUGCGUUCCGAAGACGUGGCCGAUGCUGUUACCUAUUGCAUCCAGACACCUCCAAAUGUCCAAAUCCAUGAAUUGACCAUUAAGCCCAUUGGCGAAAAAUUAUAAACUAAUUUGACUGAAGAAAAAAAUCCUUUAAUAAAAAAGUUUUUAUAAAAAAUGUCCAAUAUAUAUUGGAAUUUAAUCCUAUGAUUCAAA